CUUACAGAGAUAGGUGUGGAAUCUUUCACGAUAUCCUGAACCAGCACUGGCCGGCAGCACUCAACUGUUCUACUCUUCCAGACUCUCCAGACCCAAGUGUGUGUAUCGGCUACCACGAGGCGCGGGAGCCGGAGAUACAUGAAUGUGGGCCUAAGGAAAUCAAAUGCGGAAAAGACCGCUGCAUCAAGCCAUCUUGGCUGUGCGAUGGAUUCCAAGAUUGUGAUGAUAACUCGGAUGAGAACAACUGUG